AUGUCUACUGAAAACAAUACACUUUAUGGUUGGGCUGGUAUUGCCAACGAUCAACCUCUUCAAGAAAUGCGACUUCCAUUAAGACAAUGGAGUGAAAACUGUGUUGAUAUCGAUAUCUCACACUGUGGUAUCUGUGGUAGUGAUGUUCAUACACUUGAAGAUCCUGAAGAAUGGGUAAAGACGAAUUAUCCUUGUGUGGUUGGCCAUGAAAUUGCUGGCACAGUCACCAGAAUUGGUCAAAAUGUGACCCAUAUCAAGGUAGGCGACCGUGUAGGUGUAGGUGCUCAAUCCGGUGCUUGUCAUCGAUGCGACCAUUGUCAAUCCGGCCAUGAGAAUGUAUGCUAUGGUGGUAGAAUUGGUACUUACAAUUCGACAUGGGAGACAGGAGACAAGACAUUUGGCGGCUAUGCUGAUAAAUGGCGGGGCGACUAUCGAUUUGUUUUCAAGAUUCCUGAUUCUAUAUCUAAUGAAGUGGCUGCUACUUUAUUUUGUGCGGGUGUUACGACAUUUGCUCCUUUGAAACGUACACAUGUCAAUGCUACUUCUGUAGUGGGCAUCAUGGGCCUUGGAGGUUUAGGUCAUUAUGGCGUGCUGUGGGCCAAAGCCAUGGGAGCCAAAGCAGUUGCUAUCUCUAGCGGUGAUUAUAAGCGUGAAGUUGCCAAGGAACUUGGCUGUGAUGAUUAUAUCAAUUCCCGUGACCCUGAAGAUUUGAAGAGAUACACAAAAAAGUUUUCUCAUAUUCUUUGCACUGGUUGUAGUCCUGAUUUUGAAUGGAACACGUACCUUGGCCUGAUUCAUUGCAAUGGUUAUUUCUUGAAUGUCAAUCAUCCUCGUUGGAAGUUUCCUGCUAUUUCUCCUCUUGUCUUGAUAAGAAAUCAAUGCUUUAUUCAUGGCUCGGCUGUUGGCUCCCCUGCUGAUAUCAGAGAGAUGCUUGCAUUUGCUGCUGAAAAGCAAGUAAAGCCUUGGCUCCAGAAAUAUCCUAUGAAAGAUAUCAAUCAAGCCAUUCAAGACUUUAAAUCGGGUCAACCUCGGUUUAGAUUCGUAUUAGAGAAUUGA